ACAAUAGUCGCAAAAUUUUCCUUUAGUCGACAAUUGUGAUUGGUUGAAUUCUUGACACUUUGAUGUUGCGACCAUUGCAAACGAGAUUUAAUGUGAUUGCUUCCGCAUAUGCUUUGUAUAUAGUUUGUAUAUUCUGAUUCGAGAGUAGGGUUUAGUGUUGUUUAACUUGUGAUAUUAUUAUAUGUACGUGAGAUUUCCGAUAUUGUGCUUCGACGUGACUUAUUUAUUCAGUAGAGAUGCAAAUAGAACGAUCAAGAUCUCCUAUUCAAUUUUAAACGUGCGGUACAAAUGUUACACGUUGCAUGUACGUCAAAACAUCAGCCUGAACGGUCUCGUAAUCGCAUCAAAUUGGAAGUUGUUUAUCGGACAGUGCGCGAAAAUUUGUAUAUUUUGUAUAUAUAAAUUGUAUAUAGAAAUAAAAAACCGAGAAUAUUUACGAAUAUUUUGGAAAUGCUUUAUACGCGUAGAUAGAUCAUGCGAUUUGUUGCCACUAUUACACGAAAGGUGGCAAAUAUUGAAGAAUUGGAAAAAUUACUCUGUUCAGAUGUGAGAAGAUAAAAAAUAUCCGUCAUUUUUUGCGCAUUUUAUACAUUAGUCGAUGAAAAAGAACAUAAAAGUAAUCUAUAUGUAUUUCAGUGUGUAUGUGUGUGUGAAUGAUUAAGUUGGUAAGCUAUUUUCAAUCAUUAAUACAUGUCCUCAUCUAUUAUCUGAUCUUCUGGCAUGAUAUUCUUAUCUGACAGCUUAUCUGAAAUCCAAUAAGUAUCAAAGACAAUAUACUGAAAUAUGUGACUUUGUUUCUUCUUUUCAAAAAAAAAAAAAACUUUAUGUUCUUUUACAUCUACUUCAAGUACUCAGUCCUGGAGAAUUAUUUCCACUGUCUUGCCGGAGCAAGAGUUGCAUGCAUUUUGCUGCUAUGGACAGUUUUUCUCAACAAAGCUAUAAGAACAACAUGGCCACAUAUGAAACGUAUGACGAACCCAUAGUUUCUGCUCAAUCGGUCAAUAAUCAGACAGCAACGCAACAAGUGCAGAAUCAGGAAAAUCAUGAUGCACCUAUUCUGCAACAGCAGCAACAACAAUCACAGCAGCAGCAGCAGCAGCAUCAGACAGAGCAGAUAGAGCACAUAGCACAAAUUCAGUCAAAUGUUCAACAGACAACCUUGACUCCAGUCAGAUUGCCAGCUAUUCUUGAUGGAGAGUUCUUUGUGGUGACCAGAAUGGAGGACACUAAUGUCACAGUACGCUGUUUGCAGUGCCAUAAAUUACUGAAUGGCAAUCUUAAGUCCACUGGCAACUUUCUUAGCCAUAUAAAAAGACUGCAUCCGUUGUUAGUAGAGAAAAUCAAGUGCAAGUCUAAUCUAAGGAGGCCUGCUAUAAUGUAUGUCGAUUCGACCAUGCCUGAAAAGUGCUACGAGGUAACGCGGUCAAAACGCAUCGUGAAUCUUACACCUCAAAUCAAAAAACGUUAUAAAUUGGAAGAGAGUGCGUCAGGCGCCGAAGAGUUUUACGAGAACCAGAGCGCAGACUGGAAUGACGGAUCGAUGAUUCGGCGGCGAUCCGAGGAAAUGGAAUCGGCAGAUCUGUCUCUGAGACUGCCGCACAGCAACUCGUUCACGAUGGAAGACGAAUAUGACGCAAUCGGUCGUAAUGUUGCCGCUAAGCUCAGAAACAUGAGAAACGACCAAAGAAUAAUAGCCGAAAAACUGGUGAAUGAUAUCAUGUUCGAGGCUCAGCUUUGCAAUCUCCACAGAGACUCGAAUAUUAACGUGUGAAAAGAUUCACAUAAAAUUUCUCGAGUCGAUUUCUGUUUCUUAACUAAUCGCAUGAUCUCUUGGUUGCAAUUUGAUCACUCGGUCUCAGUAAGAUUGUUACAUCAACGGGACCGAAUGCUUUAUAGUGAAACUUCCAAUGUCGUAAGGUUUUCUAACGUAAUGUUCACAAUAAUACAUAUGUACAUACAUAGUUACAAAUGAUUAUAUAAUGCGCAUACACAAGGAAGAUUGCGUUAUUUGUAAAUGAACGAAUGAAUGUUUUUCAACAAUACACAAAUUUGUACAUAUAAAUACAUAAAUUGGUGUAUUCUAGUUUAUUACAAAAAAAAAACAAAAAAACGGCUCAUACGUAGUAAUAUACUUUAUAUUUCUCUCUAUCUACAAACAGGUUCUUCUCUGUAGGUCCUCAUCUUCGAAUUUUUAAAUAGAGAAAUGGAAUUCGCAGAUAUAUGUCAUCAGCUGAUUUGUUUCGUAAUUUCGUGUAACGCGUGCGUUGUAAAUCUCCUAAGACAAAUUGUACAACAAAAUAGCUGCGCAACAGAAACGAAGAUUUUUGUUAAUAGUCACGAAAUAAGGAGAACAGAUAUGAAGAUUGAUAUCGAAGAGAUGUAUGAGCGUAUAAAAUCUUAUCGAGAUGCAUUUUUCAUUGUGCGAUUCUCUUUGUACAUAUAAAUAUGUAACAAUAUCUGCGUUCGGCAUUGCAAAUCGGAGACAUCGGAAGCGGAAAAUCGAAUCAAAACGUAUCGUCCAAAUGCGAUUGCACAUCUUCUCGAAGUAAAAUAACACUCCGAGUUGCAAUACCGAGUUGCAGUAACUUUGUUUUGUGUGAAAUAGUUCCCACGUGAUGUAAAA